CCUCCUAAGAACUUAAAUUCAAAAAAUGUCCUUCUCCAGUAGCUCUCCUGUGGCAAAUACAUUUUUAGUGGACUCUUUAAUUGGUGCUUGCAGGACGGACAGCUUUUACUCCAACAGCAACAUGUACAUGCCGUCUGGCUCAGAAAUGGGAACUUACGGAAUGCAAACCUGUGGACUCCUGCCGUCUUUCGGCAAAAGAGGGGAGGUCAACCACCAAAAUAUGGGCAUGAACGUCCACUCGUACAUACCUCAGAUAGAUAACUGGACUGAUCCGAGCAGACCCUGCAGAAUAGAGCCUCCCAAUCAGAUGUCAAACUGUACAUUUUCACAGAGCAUAAAGGAAGAGAGUAAUUGCUGCAUGUACUCCGAUAAGAGAGUACAAAAAGUCAACUCUUCAGAAGUCCCCGCAUAUUCUAACGUUAUUCCUGAAUCGUGUCCGGUCGAUGGUCCCGAGAUCCCGGUUCCCGGCUAUUUCAGACUGAGCCAAACUUAUGCGAACGGGAAGCAUCAGGAAAACUACUGCCAUGAAGCACCGAGUCCAAACGCGACACUGAUGCAGCUCAGCCGGGUCACCCCGAAACCGCAGCCCUCGUCGGCAUCUUCUAAUUUCUCAGAGGUGGAUAAAAAAAUUGAGGACGCUUCGCAAAACCCGGAAACCGCAAGAACGCCGGUCCCCGUAGAAAGCCCGGAUCCCAAGUCGGGCUCGGAGGAGAAAAACUGCUCAGUGGAAGCGCCUGUGUCCAGUCCUGAGCUGCUACAGAAGGAAGGGAAAGACUGCAAGAGUGACACUCUCACAAACAACUGGCUGACAGCAAAAAGUGGGAGAAAGAAAAGGUGCCCGUACACAAAGCACCAAACCCUGGAGCUGGAGAAAGAGUUUCUCUUCAAUAUGUACCUGACCCGAGAGCGCCGCCUAGAGAUCAGCAGGAGCGUUAACCUGACCGACAGGCAGGUCAAGAUCUGGUUUCAGAACCGCAGGAUGAAGCUGAAGAAAAUGAACAGGGAAAACCGCAUCCGUGAACUGACCUCAAAUCUCACCUUUUCGUGAGGCUGCAUGUGUUAGCUGUCUUUCCUCCUCCUCGUCCUUCACAUAUUGAUGCUUCGCUGGCAUUGGACAUUUAUCUCAAAAUCAACAAAACUGUGACUGUAUUGCCAAUCUUAGUAUUUUUUUAUUUGUAUUAUUAUUAUUAUUAUUAUUUUGCGUGGCGUCCUGUAUUUGUUUUGUUUCAUCACAGGGUAACACUUUGUGGUCUUAAAUUAUUGGAGGGUGCUUCUCUUCUACUAAAAAGACAUGGGUAUCCGGCCGAGCUGUGGAAAAGGUUACUCUAUUUCAGUCAUGAAAGCACAUUUAUUGUCGUCUAGUGCAACAUUUGUUUAAGAGUAAGUGCAAGCCGUGUGCUCGAUAGUGAAAUGUUUCUAUGGGCUUUAAAGUGAUGGAAAAAAUACAGAACAAAACAAUGUCAAUCUGUGAAUUUAUUGCAUGUUUGUGGCAUGUAUCUUGCAAUAAAUAUAUUGUCAAAGGA